CAAGAGCAGCUUAGAACUCCUUUUCAUCUUGUAGAAGAAGAGAAGAGAAUAGAGAAGUUAGCUUGGGUAGGGUUCUUGGGCGUCUCCCACACCGCUUGGUCCUACUCCUUCAUCACCUCCUGCUUAGCUUUUUGAUCAGAUCACCACUACUAGUGUGCAGUCGUGGGUAUGCACUAGCACCACCAGGCCAUGGGCGACGCGCUGUGGGACCUGCUCGGGGAGGAGAUGGCGGCGGCCGGCGAGCACGGCGGCCUGCCCCCGGGGUUCCGGUUCCACCCCACCGACGAGGAGCUGGUCACCUUCUACCUCGCCGCCAAGGUCCUGAACGGCGCCUGCUGCGGCGUGGACAUCGCCGAGGUGGACCUGAACCGGUGCGAGCCGUGGGAGCUCCCCGACGCGGCGCGGAUGGGCGAGCGCGAGUGGUACUUCUUGAGCCUCCGCGACCGCAAGUACCCGACGGGGAUGCGCACCAACCGCGCCACCGCCGCCGGCUACUGGAAGGCCACCGGCAAGGACCGCGAGGUGCUCAGCGCCGCCACCGGCGCCCUGCUCGGCAUGAAGAAGACGCUCGUCUUCUACAAGGGACGCGCCCCGCGCGGCGAGAAGACCAAGUGGGUCCUCCACGAGUACCGCCUCGACGGCGACUUCGCCGCCGCCCGCCGCUCCUGCAAGGAGGAAUGGGUGAUCUGCAGGAUACUCCACAAGUCAGGCGACCAGUCCAGCAAGCUGAUGAUAAUGACGAACCCCUACUACCUCCCCAUGGGAAUGGACGCCUCCAGCUUCUGCUUCCAGCAUGACCCCGCCGCCGCCCCUCCCCUCCCAAACCCUAGCGGCUGCACGAGCGUCGUCAGCCUCCCCUUACACCACGGCGACCACGGCAUGCAGCCUCCACUGCUGCCCGCGAGCAGCAACCAGGUCAGCAAGAUCAGCAACGGCUACGGCGGCAGCAGCAACGCCAUGGGCAUGCCGCCAUACCCUCUUCCCUUCACCUCCAUCGUCGCUGGCAGGCCGGCCCCGCCGCCGCCGCCGCCCCAGGCCGGGGUCAACGCCGGCCCACAGGAGCCACUGCCGGCGCCACCUACCUGGCUGGAUGGCGGGAUCCUUUAUGAGCUGGGCCCGGGUGCAACGGCGCCCAGGGACGCAGCAUGAUCCGGACCGCUGGUUCCUUAGGGUUACCGCGCUGGUCGAUCGGUUUACCUUGUGAGAUCUUGUCCUGCGGUUGCUCGGUUGCUAGCUAGUAGAUCCUGUGUAAUCUUUCUUUUUUCAGCUUAAUUUGCAAGGGAGAUAUUCAGACAAAGAGCGCUUGCAGCUUAGAUCUCUCAGUAAUUUCUUCUUUGCUAGUUUCUUAUUAGUUAUUGUCAGCAAAUCAUGCAGUGUUUGGAUAUUC